AUGGUUAUUUUCAAGGAAGUUGUGGACAGAGAACGCUUACGGCGUGUGGACGAUUCCGAUGAAUAUGAGGAGGAUUACGAUGAGGACUUGGAGAAGACGAAGAAGCGAAAUUUCGCCCCAAUUUCUGGUGAUGAGUUUCUUCGUAAAGGAAAAUCUGCGGUGGACGAAGAGACCGAACAAGAAAUGGAACAAGACGGCGUACGCCCAGUGAAUGUGAAUGAGGCAAAAAUCGACGAAGAGGACGACGUUAUCAACGAAGCGGAAGAGCUGCUUGACAGCACAGGCCAACGUAUUAAUAUCGUCGCUAUUGCAGUCAGAAAGAAGGAAUCUAGAAGUAGUGAGGAGGACGAUAGCGGAGAGGACUAUGACUCUUCCAGUUAUUCCUCCAUCUGCCACACCGUACGUCACGUUAGUCUUAAGAACCUUUUAUUGGAUAUAAUAGAGAAGGCAGCGUUUAUUGACUCUUGGAAAUCUUUACCGUAA